AUGCGACAGCAGAGGCGUCGGCGGCGUAAGUGUCCUCGUCAAUACGCACUUGGCUAUGAACAUCGAUUUGUACGAAAGCCUAACUACCCGAAUCGGUCGUUUGCGUUUGCAACCCCAGCUCCAACAAUCUUCGUUGUUUACGUAACAAUAUCGAGCAAGGACGACGAAGAGUUGGAAGCUUUUAAUAUGGAUUUGGAGUGGCUCCGUAGAGAAGACUUCACUACUUUCUCCAAGGUCGUCGUCGGUGAUUUCAACACUUAG